AGACAUGGAAGUGAAAGUGAAUGAGAGAAGUUAGAACGCGUCGGUGACAUCAGCGCCCAUCCACUCCGGCUUCUCCCGGGCCCCGCCUCCUGGGAACUGGAAACGCUUUUACCGCCGGUUCUUGUCUGAGAACUUGAAACCGGUGGUUACCAUCAUCAAAAGAUUUGUUGAAAGUUUGAUUCCUUUUUGGAUUCACAUGGGGCCGGUUCGUGGGUGUGCUCAAAUGUUGUGGGAGCAACAGGCAAGCGGCCUCGAGUUCCAUUCCAGGCAAGGGUCCAACCGGCUUGACUAAGCUCCAAUUGGCAAUUACCCUCGCCAAGAGCAGCGACGAAAUCGAAACUUCGAAGCAACCCAGUGGUGAAAAGUUACCUAGAACGGGUACUUACUGUACAUUCUCUGAGAGGGAACACACAAGUCGAUCUCGCCAAGAAAAGCCCCGCCGACGCGAACUCACAUUCCUAUCCGGUUCGCCGUGGGAAAUCCUCUUGCCUGCACCACCAUGCUUUCCGGUGAAGUCACCUCGGUUUACAACAAUAUGUCAGAAGCAGCUGCUGCCGCAGAGUCCGACACGCUGCUUUCCACCUUCCAGGGGUUGGUAAAUGGAACAAAGCUACCUUCAGCGGCGCCCGCGAAAAGCACCGCGGCAGUGUUGAAGUCCAUUGCGACCUUCAAGUACACAAUCGAUCACGACAAGCUUACCGCAGGGGUCUCGGCCGUAGUUGAGGAUGUUGUCUUGAAGCAGUUUACAGCUGGCAUCACGAACAAAUUGUUUCGCGCCACUCACAAGCCUUCAGGGCACGCAGUACUGGUGCGGACGUACGGAAAAGGGUCCGAUAUCCUCAUAGAUCGGAACCAGGAGUUGGUGAACAUGCAAGCAUUAUCGAAACUGGGUUUAUGUCCUCCACUAUACGGGAGAUUCGAUAACGGCCUAGUGUAUGGGUUCAUAGCUGGAACUCCCUUUUCUGGCGAAGACAUGAGUGAUGCGCACAAGUCCAUACUCGUGGCCAAACGGUUAGCAGAAUGGCAUGGCGUAGCUCUCCCAGGGUCCACACUCGAACCACAGCUGUUUCCCACCAUGUUCCGCUGGCUGGUCCAAGUUCCAAAAUCGUACACCAAUAAGGCGGCAGACGCCAAGUUCAGAGCCAAUCUGAGUGUAGAUAAGUUGAGGCAGAGAUUGCUAGACUUGCAGAGUGCCCUUCAGGCCCUGGGUAGUCCGGUUACUUUUUGUCACAAUGACUUGCUUUCUGGCAACAUCGUCUAUAGCGAAGCUAAGGAUACCGUCUCCUUCAUCGAUUACGAAUACGGCUCGAUAUCGUACAGAGGCUUCGACAUCGGGAACCAUUUCUGCGAGUAUGCAGGUUUCGAUUGCAAAUGGGAGCUCUACCCGACGAAACCCGCUCAACUCCCCUGGCUCCGAACAUACCUUGAAUCCUACACAAAGCGUGCCGUCAUGGACGCUGAGGUUGAGAAUCUCUACAAGGAAGUCACCAAGUUCUCGCUGGCGGCUCACUUCUUUUGGGCGAUUUGGGCCCUCGUCCAAGCAGAAAUCAGCGACCUCGACUUCGACUACCUAGACUACGCCAUCACGCGUCUCAACUACAUGGAAUCGGUGUGGGACGAAUAUCUCGCUCUAUGAGCGACACAGCUUGUGGCUGCCGUCCCUAUCUCGCAUUAAUCCUUAUUUUACGGACCCUUUUUUUUUGGACACUCUCAGUCUGGAUACAUCCAGCCUUUCUAUCUAUCGUGUAGUCCCCCAAUCAUAUAGACGCGCAUCCAUAUACAUAUAGAACUUCUUCCUGAAUCACUUAAAAUUUCGAAACUCGAACAUCCAUCA